AUGCAGUUAUAAUCCUGUUUUACACAUGAGGAGACAGAGGCACAGUGAGGUCAUGAAGUCACCUGCCCAUGACCACAAGGCGAGUAGCAAGGAGGGAGACGGGAUGUGAACCCAGGCAGCCUGGCACUUGAGUCAGAGUGGGUCCCCUGGUUCGGGGGGCGGUUACCUUGUCCGAGAUGGGAGAGAGAUCUAAAGGUUGCCCCAACUUUUCUUUUUCAAAUAUCAAAGUCGUGUACACCAUGGCAGUGACUGAGCUGCAGCAACUGUACUGGAUUCUUCAGGUGGAAGAGGUUGAUUAUGACACGGUGGUGGGAACACUGGAUUUUGAAAUGACUGAGGGCAAGAGGGAAGCAGCUGAGUUGGGAACCUCACAGCUGAGUGGGGAGUAGGACUCUGGGUAUUGAAUUCUAGGACAGUGAUUCACCAGGACAUAGGGCAAGGAUCGUUCAAGUUCUAACUCAGUGCCAAGUAACUCCUCCUGCACUAUUAAACAAUGUUGAAUGACACUCCUUAACCACUUUUCCAUUUUAAACACUUUUAAACCCGGAGUGGGUGUAAUUUACCAGGACGGGAGCAGUAUGGAAGGCUUCCUGUGCCUGGCAGCCCUCAUGUGGAAUCUUGACCCACUUUUUCAGCCUGUCUUGGACAAUAAGAACACUCUUGGGGCCGGGAGACCUCUUCAAACCAAGUCAUAUUUCUCAGUGGGGAAAGAAAAAAAACCAAAACAACGUAAAAUGGUGCUGUUGACUGGGUGACACACCUGAGGUGAAGUCACUUUGAGUUGGACGAGGGCCUCCAGACAUAAUCCAGCCAGAUGAAGACAGAUGGCCUUCCCUGAAAGCCCAGUUUUGUGUCCCUUUUGGUUGGGAGCUGACAGUGUUCUUUGGGGGGUGUUGGGCCUCAACAGAAUCCGCUGAAUCCAAAUGACUCGGCAGAUAGGGAAGCACACACAUCAGCACAGCCACUGUCCAGGAACCGGAGGAGGACGUGCCCUCGAGUGACGUGUGGGCCACUGCCCUGGUCAGCAGCCAGGGAGGGCCCUCAUUCUGCAGGCAUCUUACCUUGGGAACAGCACAGUUUGGCUUCCAUGUCAUCUUUGAGUUUGAGAGAACCAUAGUUUCAGCGUGUCCUCAGUAGAGACCAAAGAACCAGGUUUGUUCCUUCAAGAAGUGUCCCCAUGCCAGAAAGAGCAGAAGUAAAUAAUAAUGUCUUGUGAAUGGACUGCGUGGCAAAGUGACUCGGAGGAGACCUCCCAGCUUCCCCAGAUUGGGAAGAAAAAUAUGGAAUGUGUUUUACCACUGACUGAACACAACCCAAUGAACUGUCCUGACAGUAGUUUGCAAACCAGCAGUUAGCAGUUUGUCCAGCUCAACACUGUCCAGCACUUUCCAGAGCAGACGCACUGUUUACAAGAACUCGCCGCAUCACGACGACGUUCGGAACCUCAGGCUCUGUUGAUUUCAGAUAUUUCUGUCGAAGAAACGCACCCCGCGGCCCACUUUCCAAAAUGGCCACAGAGGAGUAUCUGUGGAUGGUCAUCUUGGGAUUUAUCAUAGCGUUUAUCUUGGCGUUUUCCGUGGGUGCCAACGACGUGGCCAACUCGUUUGGCACCGCUGUGGGCUCGGGCGUGGUGACCUUGAGGCAGGCCUGCAUCCUGGCUUCCAUAUUUGAAACCACCGGCUCAGUGUUACUGGGGGCCAAGGUCGGAGAGACCAUCCGGAAGGGUAUCAUCGACGUGAACUUGUACAACGAUACCGUGGAGACGCUCAUGGCCGGGGAGGUCAGUGCCAUGGUCGGCUCGGCUGUCUGGCAGCUCAUCGCGUCUUUCCUGAGGCUGCCGAUCUCGGGGACUCACUGUAUCGUGGGGUCCACCAUCGGCUUCUCCCUGGUCGCAAUCGGUACAAAAGGCGUGCAGUGGAUGGAGCUGGUCAAGAUCGUUGCUUCUUGGUUUAUAUCUCCACUGUUGUCUGGUUUCAUGUCUGGCGUGCUGUUUGUACUGAUCAGAAUGUUCAUCUUAAAAAAGGAGGACCCUGUGCCCAACGGCCUCCGGGCUCUUCCCGUGUUCUAUGCCGCCACCAUCGCCAUCAACGUCUUUUCCAUCAUGUACACGGGGGCACCAGUGCUGGGCCUGGUCCUUCCCAUGUGGGCGAUCGCUCUCAUCUCCUUCGGCGUUGCACUGCUAUUCGCCCUCUUUGUGUGGCUCUUUGUGUGUCCAUGGAUGCGGAGGAAAAUAGCAGGCAAAUUACAAAAAGAAGGUGCUUUAUCGCGGAUCUCUGAUGAAAGCCUGAAUAAAAUCCAGGAAGUAGAAUCCCCAGUAUUUAAAGAGCUACCAGGUGCCAAGGCUAAUGACGACAGCACCGUACCCCUCACAGGGUCGGCCGCAGAGCCGCCUGUGACAUCGGAAGGCACAGCAGUGGGACACCACCCUCGGGCCACCUACGGCAGGGCGCUCUCCAUGACGCAUGGCGCCACCAGGUCACCCGUGUCCAAUGGCACCUUUGGCUUCGAUGGCUCGGCGCGGGGCGACAGCCAUGUGUACCACACGGUGCACAAGGAUUCAGGGCUCUACCAGGAUCUGCUACACCGCAUCCGCGAUGAGCGGCCGGCACCCGACGGGGCCCCGCGGCUGCUGCGGCGCAACAACAGUUACACAUGCUACACGGCGGCCAUCUGCGGGUUGCCCGGCUUGGCCACGCGCCGCCCCGCGCCCAACGCGCCCGAGGACAGUGAGAAGCUGGUGGCCGAUGCUGUGGCCUACUCCCGCCGGCGGCUGCGCUACGACAGCUACUCCAGCUACUGCAACGCCGUGGCCGAGGCCGAGAUCGAGGCCGAGGAGGGCGGCGUGGAGGUCAAGCUGGCGGCCCCGCUGGCUGAGGCCGAGCGGCCGCGCGAGGACCCAGCAGAUGAGGAGAAGGAGGAGAAGGACACGGCCGAGGUGCACCUGCUCUUCCACUUCCUGCAGGUCCUUACCGCCUGCUUCGGCUCCUUUGCCCACGGUGGCAACGACGUGAGUAAUGCCAUUGGUCCUCUGGUAGCUUUGUGGCUGAUUUAUGAACAAGGUGCAGUCCUGCAGGAAGCAGCGACUCCUGUCUGGCUGCUGUUUUACGGAGGGGUUGGAAUUUGCACAGGCCUCUGGGUUUGGGGCAGAAGAGUGAUCCAGACCAUGGGGAAAGAUCUCACCCCCAUCACACCGUCCAGCGGCUUCACCAUUGAGCUGGCCUCGGCGUUCACGGUGGUGAUCGCCUCCAACAUCGGGCUCCCCGUCAGCACCACGCACUGCAAGGUGGGCUCUGUGGUGGCCGUGGGCUGGAUCCGCUCGCGGAAGGCCGUGGACUGGCGCCUCUUCCGGAACAUCUUCGUGGCUUGGUUCGUGACCGUGCCCGUGGCGGGGCUGUUCAGUGCUGCUAUCAUGGCCCUCCUCAUGUACGGGAUCCUUCCGUUCGUGUGAGGGUCUGCGGUGGGUGCAGGGGAGGCGUGUGCCCGCCCUCGCACAUGCACUUCCCGUGCAGGAUGUCCCACACCACACUACUGUCACCCAGGCGUGGCGUCACCCUCCAGCUCACUUAACUACUGUACAUAACAGUGUGCAUUAAAUUGGUAUCGUGGUGAUGUAACAUGGUGCGGUUACUUAUAUAUUAAAUAUAUAUUGUAUACAUAUGAUGAUAGGUAGUCUUAUUAGUUCAAACGUAGUCAAAAUGGGAGUGGAGAUACUUGCCUAGAAUUCAAUAGUCAGCAAAUCUCUGUACAUACUGGUUUCUGUGGCCGAUUUUAAGAACCUUUUAAAAGAAAAGUGUGGAUUGGAAAAUGGUCUUUUUCCCACUUACUAUACGGUAACAUAAGUGAGGUGCGGGAUGGGCGGUACACAUUUGGGACGGUGUGCGUAUGUCCGUAUGCUCUUGAAUAUACUGGAACAGGAGUUCACAAGUGCUUUCACUGAAGAAUUUGUUCAUAUACUGUGUAUGGAUUCUGUAAUAUACCAUAAUGGCUUCUGUAAAUACUUAAAACUGUAAUUUUUUAAUGGUGUUCUUCCCUUAUACUUUUUUGAUCAGAGAAUUUUGGAAAGUACCAAAGAAGUGGGGGAAUAGUUUGCCAGUAUUAUAUUUUCAUAUUGUUUGUCUCCCCUUCUCACUGACCCUACCGUUAACCUGGGAUGUAGCAAGACCACCAUGCUCCCACCUGCCCUGGAGCAGGGUGUGUGGCGAGGCACCAGCCCCCCACCCCAUCACGUCCCCCGACCCCCACCACUGCUGCCGCAUGCCAGAUCCUGGCCCUGUGUUGUUGUCGGUGUAGAGACUGUACAGGCGCAAGGAUGCGUGAUCAAGCACUACAUGUCAAGUCCAGUUUAGAUGUUCGUCCCUCUUCUCCCCUGAAGCCUGAAGAAUGGAGCUCCAGCCUCAAACACUGAGGCAUGUGCUUGACAUUCUAGAAACUCAGGGGUGGGGAGGGAUGAACUGUUAGGCAACACACUGGAUCUGAGGCCUUUACUGAGCUGAACAUCCUGACGCUCUACUGUUGUCUCAUUGGAUUCUUCUUUUUUGAUAGCGGGAGGAAGUGUGACUAAUGCUAGAGCCUGAAACUAUGGAAAUGCUGCUAAAAUUUUUAUAUUGACAAACAUUUUCUCGGUACUUCAUUGUGAUUUUUCAUUAAUCAACCACAUUAAAUUUAUAAUAAAAAAAUGCCCCUCAAAA